AAAGCGGGUGUUAAAAAAAAAAAAACUCCAUCGAAGAAGAAAAGAGAGGAAGUUUGCAUCGCUGGCGUAAACAGCUAUUCUAAAACAUUUUAAAAAUGUUGAGAAAGUUAGUAAAUGAGCGACUAAUGGCGGCAGCCGAUGAAAUAUUCGCGCUGUUUGAAAGAACGAUAGCGUCGUACGAGGAGGAACUUUCUCGAACAAGAGAGAAGGAGCGACAUCGACAACAACUGGAAGCUAGCAAGACAGAAACUGUGCUCCACAUCGAUGACAUCCAGCAGCUGAUUGGUCAUCAAGAAGGACUUCCUCCUCAGUCGCAGGGGGAAAUCUUCACCUUGGGACAGGAGGAUCCGCAGCCAACCCACUUUAAAGAGGAAGAGGAGGAACCUUGGAUCACCCAGGAGAGAGAGUGUCUUCCAGGGCAGGAGCAGGCGGAUCUCACCAAGUUCCCGCUGACUGGUGUCCCUGUGAAGACCGAAGACCAUGAAGACGGACUAGAAGCAGAGAAACUCUUAGCUCCACUAUCAGAGAGUGACGACACAAUGUCACGCUAUCCUGAGGAGGAAGACAGGAACGAAAGCCAAGAAGAACCUCUAAGCAGCGAUACAUACUAUGAAGGAGAUGUGAGGACUCACAGCAACAAACACUCUCAAAAGAAGCCACCUCGAAACAACAAAAAAUGUGUGCAAACAUGCAAAAAACCUUACGUUUGCCCAAUUUGUGGUAAAGGACUUUCUUAUAAACGCAAUAUGGAAGUACACAUGCGGACUCACAAUGCAGAAAAACCCUUCAGGUGCUCAGUUUGCGGUAAAAGAUUCUCUCAAAAGGUGCAUUUGAUUUCACAUAUGACAACACACACAGGAGAAAAACCCUUUGGUUGUUCAUUUUGCGGUAAAGGCUUUACUCAAAAAACACACAUGGUGUUACACAUGAGAACGCACACUGGAGAAAAGCCAUUUCGGUGCUUAUACUGCGGCAAAAGAUUUACUCAAACAACACACAUGAAAUCACACUUGAGAACGCACACGGGGGAAAAGCCUUUUAGCUGCUUGGUUUGUGGCUCUACUUUUUCUCAGAUGGGUAAUUUGAAUAGACACAUGAGGACACACACAAAGAAUAAACAUUAUAGCUGCUCAAUUUGUGGAGAAAAGUACACCUAUAAGACCAGUUUGACGUCACACAUGCGGACACACAAUAGAGAGAAACGUUUUAAUUGCUUAGUUUGUGAGAAAAGAUUCUCUCAAGAAUCAAAAAUGAUAGCACACAUGACAAUACACGGAGAAGAAAAAUCUUCUUGUGGUUCAGUUAGUGAUAAAAGAGUUUCCAGGGCGACAUGUAUACUAUCAAAGGAAAGAACGCAAUCUGGGGAAAAGCCUUAUAAUUGCUAUAUAUGUGGCAAAAGUUAUACAGUAAAGGCAUCUUUGAUUGUACACCAAAGAACUCACACAGAAGAAAAAGCCUUUAAACUGUAGAGAUAUCCUGAUAAAAAAAUUUUUAAAAAAUUACACAGUACACAUGUAUGCAAACACACAUGGGGUAUAACGUGCUUGUCAGGUUCAAACACUGAUGACAUCUAUUAAACAAGACAAGAGGCAAAGAAUUAAACAGAGACAGAAUUCAAAUUGGACUCAAUAUUGAGGAGAGUCGUCUGUACACUGUACCCUUGAACAGUAUCUCAGCACGCUCUGCCAAAAGAUUGCACGCCUCCUUCUUUUAUUUUGGACCCUCCCCGACCACAUAGCCACCGCUGUUUCCAGAGGACAAAGGUCGCAAAAAGUUCACAGAAAAGUUCGUAAACAAUUCAGUUCAAAAAGAGUUCGUAAAAUAGUUCAAAAAAAGGUCCAUAAAAUAGUUCAAAAAGACGUUCGUAAAAUACUUCAAAAAGAGGUCCAUAAAAUAGUUCAAAAAGAGUUCGUCUGGAAAUUGGGCAGAUCCUGCCACCUCUCCACUUUGAAGUCCUUGGGUUAGAACAAUAUAUUUUUGUUGAUUACCAUACAUGAGAGAAAACAGAAACACCUUCAUCUUGCUUUCCCCCGACACAGUGGAGUUUUACGAGCCUUACUCUUGGUAGGUUCCAAAGACAGCUUUUGUCUUCUCACCAGACCCUCAAUGUAACACAAAGUUUUUGUGAUAAUAUAGAAACAAUUAUUUUUAACAGUGCUCCAGUUUGUGCUAAAAGAUUGUCAAAUCAGAUCCGCUGUGUGUAUUCGACAUGAGAUUCCCACGAGUUCCAAGUUACAAGGUGCCGUCAUAGAAUUGUUUGUUUGGAUUGUGUUGUGCCGCCUGAAGCAAAUAAAACUGUCCUCAGAACCUCUCAGAACUUCCCUAAGCCUUCAAGUCGGGGAAAGGGUCGUGACUGACCGAACAGCAGCUCCGAAUACACAACCUUCUUGGGGUCCGUAAGAGGGGUGCUGGAGAGCCAUGUAGUUUACAUCUGGGAUGCAAGAUGGAUAGACUAUAAUAGCAGAAAUGUUACACAGAGAGGAGAAUAGAAAAUCCUCUUGAUAAGCAGGACCGACUAAGCUUUUGGCGCCCUAAACAAGACUUUGAGGCCAAUAUGGUCUUUAAUAUUACUGAAGGGCCUCUACCCGUCACCAGCCCAUAUACACACUCACUAUGUUUACAUGCACUAAACAACUCAUUACUGACUUAUUUUGGUUAAAACUAGCUGUUUAAAACACAUGUCAAAACCUUAUAUUCUUUUUUUCACUAUUUAAUCACGGGAUUUACAUAUCUAGAUGAUGUAUUUGUAAAUCAGUUUUUUCUUGCAUGUAUACACUUCCAUUGAUCGAUCAUCAAAUCAGGCGUUGCAACCGCACUCCCAUGAGCAGAAAUCCUGCAAUAUUUAAAUGUUUAGAUUAUUUAAAUACUAUUGAACCUUCCUAGGUUAUUUUGUGUUUUAUAAAAAUACAUAUUUUGCGGCCAGAAUGAGAGUUUUAAUAAUCGUUAUUUAUGUGAUCAUAAACAUGUCAAGUUUCCCUUUACUGCCAGUGUACUGCGUGAGAUAGAAAUAAGCUAAAUCUUGUAUGAUUAUAUUCAGUGGCUAAUGAUAAUUAUUAUAUUAUUACAUUAUUAUUAGCAAGAUGCGGCUAAUGAGGGUCAAAACCAUUUCAUUUUUGAAAUACCAAUCUUGUUGAUAAUUUUGGGGCGAGCUUGGUCCGUUUUACAUCAUUUAAAAAUCCCAAACCAUAUAGUCUAUAAUUAAAGUCUAACCAAGACCUUGUUGUGUCCGAUAAUUGACUAAUGACACAAUCAUCUUGACUUUGAACACACUGCACACGAGCGAAUGAAGGGCAUACUUACUCGACAGCCAUACAUGUCUCACUAAGGGUGGCAGUACGAACAAUGCCAACACUGUCAUAAACAUGUGCCAUACAGUGAAACCACACUAAACAACAACGACAAACACGUUUUUGGAAGAAUAUUUGCUCCGCAACACAACAUAAACACUACAGAACAAAUUCCCAGAAUUUCCUGCAGCACCAACUCUUCCGGGAUGCUACACUAUAAACAAACGCCAUUGGUGGAUCCACACCUAACAUAUUUUUUAACAUCACAAAAUCUUCUUUCAUUUUUUUUAAAUGUAUAUUAUGUUUAUAAACUCAGGAAAUACGUCCCUGGACACCUGAGGGCUUUGAAUAUGACCAAUGUAUGAUCCUGUAACUACUUGGUAUCGGAUUGAUACCCAAAUUUGUGGUAUCAUCCAAAGCUAAUGUAAAGUAUCAAACAACAGUGUCAUGAUCUGUGGUCCGGAUCAUGUUCUGUUAAUUUUGGACUCCUUCAGUUCCUGUUUGUGCACCUCUUGUGUUUGUUUCCAUGGUUACUUAUUGUUUUCACCUGCCUCUGGUGUUCGGGACGCUCACCUGUCUCUAAUCAGAGUCAUUAUUUAAGCCUGCCUUUGCCAGUCAGUCGGCUGGCGUCAUUUGUUUGCCUCAUGCCUGGACUACGUAAGUCUUGUUUAUUUCAUGCCACAGUUUCAUAAGUCUCUAUGUCCAUAGUCAAUGCUAAGUGUUAGCUUUUGGCUCCAAGGGCGAUCAGCGCGUUGUGGCUUCGCCUUGUUUUCCUUUUUUUUUUUUGUACCCUUUGAGUUUUGAGAAAUAAAUAUGUUCCUACCUGCA